UUCCAUCGAUCCGGCAUUCAGUUUGAUCUGUUCAGACACGCCAAAAUGAAGUUCGGCCUCGUAUUCCUGCUGCUCGCCUGCAUCUGGUGCCUGUCCGCAGCUACUCCUGGAAAGCCGCGCCCCAGCAAUCCUCGCCCCACCUCCCAUCCACGCCCAAUACGCGUGCGCCGCGAGGCAAUGGCCAUCGUCGAUCGUUUGGAACUCAUCCAGCCCGCUGUCGCUGCCAGGAGUCCACCAAUUCUGCCGGCUUGAUGGUAGGCUUCUUGCCGCAAAAAGGGGGCAAAACCAAGCAUGCCAUUUUUUUAUAAUAACUUGGCUUUUGUUUGAAUAAAUUGUGCCCCCAAAAUAUACGAAUUUUUUCGAAAAACAAUUAUAAUAAAGAAGAAUUCUAGGGGAUUUCUGUGUGUUAUCUCUCAAAUGGCAAA